AGUUCCAGCCCCACCCAUCUCUGAGGACAGCAGGUGAGGCAGGACCCUUCAUGGCCCCAGGGUAGCCCCUUUUUGGAGUACAGGGACCUUUCUCUGGAGGAGUCUCCAAGCCUACUCCUCAAGCUUCAUCCUGGCUCAGGAUGUUUCUUCUUUGGUCUCUCUCUGCUUUUCUGUAGGACUCUGGGGAGGGAGGGACAUGUUGGUCAGAGGAUGUGACUCUAGAAACAGGGCUGAGGCUGGAGAAGCCAGAUUCGGGCUUUGCCUUAUGAUUACCAGUGCCUCACAUCUGUGUUCUGAGAGCAGAGUCUGAGACCACACAGAGGUGGGAUGGCUUUGGAGUGAAGACACAGGGUGUUUCUUUUCUCCGUUUCUGGGCGCUGGGAGGAGGGGUGUCAAAGAGGGCUGCUAUCUGGAGUCCUGGCCGCAGUGGUGAGAGGGUUCUUGGUGCCUAAGGGUUUAGUUCCUGCUCUGUAGAGGAAGCAACAGGAUUCUGAGUGGCCAGGGCAGUGGUAGCACUAGGGGUCUGGAGGCGGGCAGCACACAACUAAGGCUUUAUUCCUGGAACCUCAAGGGAAGGGGAGAACCUGAGGCCUUCAUUUGCAUUUCUGUGAAGUCUCUCCGUCCCUCCUGAAGAGAGGAAAAAUGGCCCAAGCCACAGUGACUGUAGAUGGAUUCAAAGUGACUUCCACACGCCCUCAGUCUGCCCAGAUCAGCAUCCACAUCCACCACAAAUCAGCCUUGGAGCAGCUGCUGGGAGCUAUGGGCUCCCUGAAGAAGUUUCUCUCCUACCCUCAGGCCAGAAUCCACUAUGGGCAGCUGUCUCUAGGGGUGACCCAGAUAUUGCUGGGGCUUGUGAGCUGUGUUCUUGGAGUGUGUCUCUACUUCGGGCCUUGGACAGAGCUGUGUGCCUCUGGUUGUGCCUUCUGGUCAGGGUCUGUGGCAAUUUUGGCUGGAGUGGGUAUCGUCAUCCAUGAGAAGGGGCAGGGAAAACUGUCCGGCCACAUAUCACGGCUGCUCCUCCUGGCUUGCUCUGCUACAGCUGCAGCUGCUACCGUUAUGGGUGUGAAAAGCCUCAUCUGGCAAACCAGUGCUUCCUACUACUUCGAGAUCAGUUCCACAUGUGACUCCUUACAACCAAGAAUUGUCGAUAGGUUUGGGCCAGUGCGAUUCACUGACGACUCAGGCUGGAGGACAGAGAGAUGCAGAGAGUACCUGAGAAUGAUGAUGAACUUGUUCCUGGCAUUCUGCAUCCUGUUCACGGUUAUCUGUAUCCUGAAGAUUGUUGUGUCUGUGGCUUCCCUGGGACUAAGUCUCCGGAGUAUGUGUGGCCGGAACUCCCAGGUCUUGAGUGAUGAAGAGACAGAGAAGAAGCUUCUUGGGGGGGAUUCGGCACCGGCCUCCCCGACCAAAGAGAAGAUCCCUGUUACCCCAUGAGCUGCCCAAACCCACAUGUGUCCCUGUCCAGAGUAAUCCAGGGAGAACGCCACUGAUCCUAAGGCCUCUUCUGGCCCCGCAGCACAUGCUUACUUCUGAUGUAGCCACUGUCCAGCCCUUUUUCUCUUCCUCUCUCCCCGCUGUCCUCACACCAAUGUCCUUUCUUCCAUGAACAGAUAUUAUGUCAUUUUCUCCAAUGCUGAUAAAGCAGAAACAACCAGAAAAAAAUACCCUCUCACAGAAA